AUGUCACUCGCGUGGUGUGUGAUAGCUCUGUACUUAAGUCCUCACGAGCUCUGGUGUCAGCGUGCCCAGGGCAAUCACCCUCAAUCACCACGGUCCACAUUCCGCCUUCGAACUUGCCCUCAAUGGUGGCUCCUAAGCGACUACCCCGUGUUUAUUGCGUCCGGCAUGGUCCCACCGAAUGGCAAGUUUUCGAGCAUCAAUGGACGGCACACCGGGACGACAGACCUGCCGCUCACUGAGGAAGGUGAAAAAAUCGUUGCCGACUCAUCGGGUAGACUUGUGGGGCCAAAUAAAAUCAUCGAUCCACAACUUUUUACGAAAGUCUUAAUAUCACCUAGGCAACGUGCUAAGCGGACCUUCGAGCUUUUGUUCAAAGACAACGUACCUGCGUUUGAAAUCGAGGAAAAUGUUCGCGAAUGGACCUACGGGGAUUAUGAAGGUCUAUGGAAACACGAAGUCGCUGAGAUAAGAAAACAGAAAGGGCUGCCGAGUGGCCGCGGUGGUUGGGAUAUUUGGGUAGAUGGAUGUGAAGGAGGGGAAAGUCCUGAGGAGAUCACAGCACGAGUAGAUUGCGUUGUGAGGAAAGUGAAAGACUUACACCGAGCGUGGGUUGAAGACCCCAAUCGCAAGGCCGAAGAUAAAGGAGGUGACGUGCUGAUCGUUACUCAUGGACACUUUUCUCGAUGUUUUGUGGCUCGUUGGCUAGGAUUGCCGCUGCCUCAUGGAAGCCUUUUCACCGUUGAGACCGGAUCAGUCACUAUUGGUCAAUACUACGGCGGUAGUCUAGACUAUCCAAUUCUUGGAGGUUUGAACAUUGGCUCCGUAUAA